CACCUUUAGCAGCUAUCCUUUAGCUUUGACAUGGCUUCGUUCAUUAUCAAACCUGCUUACCUCCGUUGUGUUGUAAGGACAGGCAGGCUCAUCAACGAGCAUUGGGCAAGAAACACACUGUAUGCAGGCAGAAGUUAUGCCACUGAAGGAGACAACAGGGCACCUAAAAUAUACACCAAAACUGGAGACAAAGGUUUCUCAAGCACAUUCACAGGAGAAAGGAGGCCAAAAGAAGAUCAUAUUUUUGAAGCCUUAGGAAGUACAGAUGAGCUGUCAUCAGCUAUAGGCUUGGCCAGAGAAUUCUGCCUCGACAAAGGUCACACAUUCACAUAUCAGCUGGACAAGAUACAGUGCAUUUUACAAGAUGUGGGCUCCAAUAUUGCCACGCCUCGAUCGUCUGCAAGAGAAAGUCACAUAAAGAAAACUACAUUUACUGCACAGCCAAUUGCAGACCUGGAAAACUGGAUUGAUAAAUUUACAGAAGAACUCCCUCCACUGACCAACUUCAUAUUACCUGUAAGCCCAUUUGUGAGAUACAGGUCUAAUGAUGGCCCAGGUUUUCUUGUUGCACUGAUACUUUUGCUAUGCGUUUCACAGUCAGGAGGGAAGGGCAGCGCCGCUUUGCACUUGGCUCGGACAGUGUGUCGGAGGGCAGAACGCAGUGUUGCUCCAAUUGUAAGAACAGGCGAGGCCGAUCCGGAUGUUGCCAAGUUUCUGAACAGAUUAAGCGACUACUUGUUCACCGCGGCCAGAUAUGCAGCAAUGAAAGACGGCAACGAGGAGACAAUCUACAAAAGACCCGAAUGACCAGAUCCCACUUGAAGAAUAAUUUUUGGGGAUGCUUGGUGUUGCAGAGAUUUAACUGUUAUUGUAAAUAUAUCAAUAAAAACAUGUGGUGCAAAAUUGUUCUUAUUUUGAUGCAACUUUCUUCUUAGCAUGUGACAAUAAAGGCAGUAAUAAACUUCACUGUGGCAAAAUCUUAAACCAUUCAGUCAAUACAUGUACAUCUUUGUUUUGCAUUCAUCAAACAGGCACACUUUGAGUUGGUUGUACUGCAGCUGAGAUCUUCAAAUACUGCAGAACAUCUCUUGGUCUUGUUGGGUUUUAAUUGUCAUCACCCAGGGAUUGAACAACCACUAUUUAUAUUGCUCUCCCUCUGAUAGAUAUGGCUGCAGCCCACUAGGUUUUGUUCUCAUGUAUUUUUAAUAAAUUUGCCCGUCAGGACUUCAGGGACACUCGGCUUUCCUCCAACAUGGCUCUGUUAUCACCCUCCCACGCCGUCACAGGAUCUGGCACCAGCCCUGGCUCUUCUGGGACAGGGUACUG